AUGUUUGAUCCGGUGGAUGAGGUGGUGACGGAUGUCAAAGAGGGCAAGUUUGUCGUGAUUCUCGACGAUGAGGACCGUGAGAAUGAAGGCGAUGCGAUAAUUGCCGCGAGCAAAGUCACGACCGAGCAGAUGGCUUGGUUCAUCAAGCACACAAGCGGGUUUAUUUGCAUUUCGCUCACACCAGCGCGCUUGCAAGCGCUGGAUUUACCCAUGAUGGUGCCGCAGAACACGGAGCGGCACAAGACUGCGUACACAAUCACGGUGGACUACCUGCACGGGACAACAACGGGGAUCUCGGCGCACGAUCGUGCCCUGACCGCACGGAUGCUCGCUGAUCCUUCGCUUGGCGCGACGCGCGACGACUUUUCCCGGCCUGGCCACUUGAACCCUUUGCGGUACACCGAGGGCGGUGUUCAGGUGCGUUUCGGCCACACAGAGGCUGCGGUAGAUUUGGUCAAGGCGGCUGGGCUGCCGCCCGCCGGGCUUUUGUGUGAGAUCGUGGAUCCAGACGAUGCCAAGGGCGGAAUUGCAGCGCGCGAUGCGUGCCUCAAGUUUGCCAAAGAGCAUGGCCUCAAAAUCACUACUAUUGAAAAGUUGCGUGCUUGGCAGAAUGAGCACGGCGCGCAGCCAUGUACAUAG